CAUUAGUGAAACAGACCUAGGCACUAGCCCAAACGUCCUCCCUCCUCCUCUCCUCCUCCUCUUUCUUCUCUUCUUCUCCUCUCUCUCUGUCACGCCUCUUCUAAAACGGUGUAUUGUAAUUAGGGCACCUGACAUCAUCUUCUUCACGAGUUAGCCGCCUUCUUCUUCGCAGAGCACCAGCAACUGGAGAUUGGCAGCAGCUACAAGCGCAACUAAGUUCUUUCCAAUCCUUCUUCCUUCUUUUUGUUGAUGCCGCCGAAACCAGUAAAAACCUAGCCUCUUCGAAUCCAGGAGAAGAGGCUAAGUGUAUUGCGAAAUAACCCCCGCCGUAUCCUUGAUCGUAUCUAGACUGUAUCGCUCGCGUGUCCAUGGCGUAUCGAAGACUUAUCGGAUGUUCAACAUAACAGAAAAGUCCACGAUAAGCCGUUUGCCGUAUCCGAUACGUGUCGGAGGCGUAUCGUAUCGGAGGAGUAUUCUGACCCGCGUAUUCUUGCAACAUAGGCCUCCGAUUACAGAGACUAGGAGAGAGAGAGAGUGAUGGAGAAGAGAGAGGGAGAAGGGGAAGGUGAAGAAGAGCAGGUAGUGAAUCCGUGGACGGUGUCGGCCAAAGGUGGCGGGAAAAUCGACUACGAUAAGCUCAUUGACCAGUUCGGCUGUCAGAGGAUCGACCAGUCGCUCGUCGACCGUAUCCACCGCCUCACCUCACGUACUCCCCACGUGUUCCUCCGCCGCGGGGUCUUCUUCGCCCACAGGGACUUGAGUGAAAUUCUUGAUGCUUAUGAGAGAGGAGAGAAGUUCUAUUUGUACACGGGAAGAGGACCUUCCUCCGAGGCAUUGCAUUUGGGUCAUCUUAUCCCUUUCAUGUUCACUAAAUAUUUGCAAGAGGCCUUCAAGGUUCCUCUUGUUAUUCAACUUACUGAUGAUGAGAAAUGCAUGUGGAAAAAUCUGACUGUGGAAGAGAGCCAGAGACUCGGCAGGGAGAAUGCCAAGGACAUUAUUGCUUGUGGUUUUGACGUAACAAGAACCUUCAUUUUCUCUGAUUUUGAUUAUGUUGGUGGUGCCUUUUACAAGAACAUGGUGAAGGUUGGAAAGUGUGUCACAUAUAAUAAGGUUGUUGGAAUUUUUGGUUUCACCGGUGAAGAUAAUAUUGGAAAAGUUAGUUUUCCACCUGUGCAGGCAGUUCCAUCAUUUCCAAGUUCCUUUCCACAUCUUUUCGGUGGCCAAGACAAUCUUCGUUGCUUAAUUCCAUGCGCGAUUGACCAGGAUCCUUAUUUUAGAAUGACACGAGAUGUCGCUCCACGGAUUGGAUACCAGAAACCUGCAUUGAUUGAGUCUUCUUUCUUCCCUGCCAUGCAGGGAGAGACCGGUAAAAUGUCGGCCAGUGAUCCAAAUUCUGCCAUUUAUGUAACUGAUUCUGCAAAGGAAAUUAAGAACAAGAUAAACAGGUAUGCAUUUUCUGGUGGACAAGAUUCAAUAGAGAAACAUAGAGAACUUGGAGCAAAUCUUGAGGUAGAUAUACCAUUCAAAUAUCUUAGUUUUUUCCUGGAUGAUGACGCUAAACUCGAAGAGAUAAGGAAGGAGUACGGUGCAGGAUGCAUGCUGACAGGUGAAGUUAAGCAACUACUUAUUCAGGUUUUGACUGAACUAGUUGAAAGACAUCGUAGGGCUAGGGCUGCUGUGACUGAUGAGAUGGUGGAUGCAUUUAUGGCAGUGAGGCCCCUACCCAAUAUGUUCAACUAAAGUUGAGGCAGAGAGAAAUCUACACACAUCCAUGAAUAUUUAUCUUACAAUUUUUGUGUCAACGAUCUGUUUGUCUGGAUAGUACUCUUCAAAUUUAGAUCUAGUCAUAUUGAUUGUUGAUGUUCAAACACAGAAGUUGUGAAGGUUUCUACGACAACAUUUUUAUAACAGUCAUUAAUUGAAACUCAAUUUGAGCUUGAGCGCAAUGGUUUUAAGUUUGGUUUUGUAUGAUAUUGUGCCCUAAAGUGCUGUAUCUGCAGAUAUUUUUUUAAUGGUAGCUGUAUUUU